AUGAGGUUUAUCUUCUUCAUCCUGUUUGUCACCAUUGGAUUAGCCGUCGCCGUCCCAGCACCGAAGGCCGCCGCUCCAGCACCAAAGGCUGCCGCUCCAGCACCAAAGGCCGCCGCUCCAGCACCGAAGGCCAACACGCCAGCACAAAAGGCCGCCGUUCCAGCACAAAAGGCCAACCCGCCAGCACAAAAGGCCAAUCCGCCAGGACAGAAGGCGAACCCUCCAACACAAAAGGCCGCCACCUCAGAACAAAAGGCCAACAACCCAGCACAAAAGACCACCACCUCAGAACAAAAAGGAAAGAGCACCAUCCCAGAACAAACAGGAAAGAGCACCACCCCAGAACAGAAACAAAAGGGCACUACCCCAGAACAAAAAGGAAAGAGCACCACUCCGGAACAAAAACAAAAGGACAUCAACCCAGAACAAAAACAAAAGGGCACCACUCCGGAACAAAAACAAAAGGACAUCCCAGAACAAAAACAAAAGGACACCCCGGAACAAAAACAAAAGGGCAAACAAAAGGGCAGCCCCCCAGCCCAAAAUGACACCCCCUCACCACAAAAUGACACCCCCUCACCACAAAGUUCGAGCCCGUCACCACAAAGUGCCAGCCCGUCACCACAAAGUGCGAGCCCGUCACCACAAAGUGCGAGCCCGUCGCCACAAAGUGCGAGCCCCUCACCACAAGAUGCCACCCCUUCACCACAAAAUGACAGCCCCCCGUCACAAAAUGACUCUCCCCCAGCACAGAGUGACACCCCCUCAGCUGGAACCACCUGGAGUUGUGAAGACUCUAAGGUCCGAGGAGUUGCUUUCUCUUUCCGUGGAUGUGAGGUUGAAUCUAAGGUCACCGAUGCUCCAAGCGAAGGCGAUUGUGCUAGUCAGAACGCGCGCCGAUGCUGUAAGAUGAAGGCUCUCCUCGACGACUCCUCCACCAAAUACUACACCCGUGUACUCAGCCUACAGACACCUGGAGCUCCCACCGAUGCACUCGGUGAUGAUGCACGACUUCAAUCAUCCACCUUUCCUGCCCUCGAUUCCUGGUCUUCCGGUUCUGGAUCUCAAGAGCUUUACAACAUGCCCUACCCGUGCCACCAAACCCUUUACCUUCCAGUCAAUCAAGCUAAUUCUGACCUUUUCCAGCUGGACAACCAAAAUAUCCCUUCUGAUAUCGACACUCACCAUCAAGACCUCACUUUCCUAAACAGCAACUCCUUCAAGAACCUUUCGACUCUCGAGCCUUCUCCAAGUUGA